AUUUCUGAAGUGAGACUAGGAAGAGAAGAUGAACAAUUCCCUGGAUUAUCUGGCCUACCCUGUUAUCGUCUCUAAUCACAGGCAAAGCACAACCUUCAGAAAGAAACUGGACUUUGGCCACUACAUAUCUCACAAGAAUAGAAUACAAAUAGUGAAGCCUACUGUUGAUACCAAACCUCCAGUGGCGCACACACAUCACAUUCUAAAAUUGAGCAAACUACAGGGUGAACAAAAGAAAAUCAACAAAAUCGAGUAUGAAAACAAGCAACUGUGUCAGAAAAUUGCAAAUGCCCAUCGUGGCCCUGCCAAGGUGGAUUGCUGGAAUGAAUAUUUUUCCAAGAGCUUAAACAGAGAAACGAGGAACCGCGAGCUAGUGAGAAUCACCAUGGAAAACCAGGGCAUUCUGAAGAGGCUUGUUGAUCGCAAACCCCACUAUGACCGCAGGGCAUCUGAGAUAGACUGGCAGAAUUCAAGGCGCUAUAUCAGAAAUACUACGAGAUAUCUUCUCUCCCAAAAUGAAUAGGUUAUUCACCAUGGAAAAGGUACAAGAGAAGGCCCUGGGAUUUCCUGGCUGCUUAGAAUCGUAAGACACUCCUGAGUGGCUGAAUGCUCAAUCUUCAGACGCUUCAAUAAAGCUUGGAACAUAAAAUGUGUAAGUUACAUUUAGGGGACCCAAAGGCUUUACGUUCUCAUUCCAAAAUGGGGCAGGCAGAAGGAAAGAUGCAAUGAGCAUUUUUAUUUGGGGCUAUGAAAAGAAGUUUUAACGAGAGAAAGAGAGAGAGAAAUCAGAGAACUCUUUAAAACAUACACCAUCAUCACCAUCCCACGGAAGAAGAAAAGCUGGGGUGAGAUCAUCCAGCCACAAGUACAGCACUGUCAAAAUGGAAAACAAAAUCACAUGACAACAUCAAGGUUCAGAAAACACAAGGAACAAGUGCCGUUAGUUCCUCUGUGAAUAUACACAAUUGGAAAAG